UGACCAAAAGCUGAAAGAUGGUCCAUGAGUGGUUAACCUUUGGAUUUUCGUGAUAAACUCAUCAGAGACUGAUAAAAAUUUAUAAUUAUAAUGUUCAAAACGGGUAUGUUUAGUUUCUGAGAAAUGAAUUAUUCUACAACUGAUAUUGGGUUGCCAAUGCAAAAUGAUCACCGAAUUUAUAUUCAAGACAAAUAUGGCCUCAUUUCGCCCUGGCAUGAUAUUCCACUGUAUGCCAAUCCUUCCAAAACGGUAUUCAACAUGGUGGUGAAAGCUCAAAGAUUCACAAAUGCAAAUUUUGAAAUAAGCCUGAAAGAACCCCUGAAUCCCAUCAAACAAGUAUCUCAAGGAGGAGUACCAAAGUUUAUACCAAAUUGCUUUCCAUAUCAUGGGUUUUUAUGGAACUAUGGGAUUUUACCACAAACGUAUGAGUUCUCUGGACAAUCAGCUGGUAACACUAGAUGCAGAGGCAUGGACCCUAUAGAUGUGCUAGAAAUAGGACAGAGAGGUGCACAAACAGGCGAAAUAUUGACCGUGAAAAUAUUGGGAGCCCUAGCACUGGUUGAUCUUGAUGAAUUACAGUAUGAUUGGCAACUUAUUGCUAUUGAUAAAAGAGACCCACUGGCUGAUUGUUUGAAUGACAUUUGUGAUAUAGAGAAAUAUUUGCCUGGUUUACUUCAGGCCACCAUGGACUGGUUCACAGUUCAUAAAGUUCCAUUAGGCAAACCCAUGAAUUCAUUUGGUCCUGGUGGGGGGCUGAAACCUGCUAGUUUUGCAUAUGAUAUCAUACAUGAAGUUCAUAAUUGUUGGAAGCUUAUUGUUUCAAGGACAAUUCAAACUGAUGAAGUAGCACUUGUAAACACUACAUUAGAGGGUAGUGUGUUCAAAAUAUCUAGAAGUGAUGCCAAAGAAAUAUUUCAUAACAAAAUGAUUCAGUGUACUGAUGAUGUCAAAGACAUUAUUGAUGCUUCUUUUACUGAUAAAGUGUACUUUAUUGAUAGGUAUAGUGGUAGUAGUUAUGGCAGUAAAUUAUAAUAUAGUAAUAUAGAGUAAUUUUGCAAUCAUUUUUUCCAAAAUAUUUGUUGAACAUUCAGUUUCUGAUGCCUAUGAA